AUGCUAUGUUAUUUUCUUAGUCGUUUUAUCACAAGCAGGUUUUUACUUAAAUCAUUUACAAAUGUCUACCAAACUCAGUCAAGACUCUGUAAUGUUGCUUCAUCUUCAAAGCUAUUGGUAACAUGCAAUGGAAGGAUUGAUAAUUUAAGGAAUUCAUCUUCAGAUGUUUUUCAGCAUUGUGAUCACAUUCGAAUUGAUGACCUUGCAGCUGCUAAACAAAUUGCAAGCAAAAUUGGUCCAGCUGAGAGAGAAUUAUUACUUCAAAUUCUAGUUAAAGAAUCACCAAACUAUACAGAUAUUCACGGUGAAUUACAUAUUGACCAACUCAGACAGUUAUUUACUAUUAAUACAAUCCCGUUUAUUGGGUUUGGAUUUCUUGAUAAUGCAAUAAUGGUUUUGGCUGGUGAAUAUAUUGACCAAUCUUUGGGAACUCUUCUUUGUAUUUCAACGAUGGCUGCAGCUGCUUUAGGAAAUAUAAUUUCAGAUGUAGCGGGUGUUGGACUUGCUCAUUAUGUGGAAGGUUGUAUUGUAAUUGUUCUUUUAGUUGAUCAUUUUUAUUUUUUAGUUUUUGUUACUCGGCUUGGCUUUAAAAGUCCAACUCUUACCUCUAAACAAUUGGAAUCUCGUAAGGCUCGUUUAACUGUAAAUCUGGCAAGAGCAUUUGGUUUAAUUGUUGGUUGCCUUUUGGGAAUGUUUCCUCUUCUAUUUUUUAGUGAAGUGGAUAAAUCAAAAAGUGAAAUUGUUCUCUAA